AUGCACUACGAUAACCAGCACAUGAUGGACAUAGACCAGGAGCAGGGAGAGCCUGUAGCCGGUCCUUCUACUAGUAGGCAUAGAACCGCUUUAGCAGAGGAGGAAGAUGCGCGUGUCACAGAGACUCAUCCUACUGCUGGGAGGGUCAUACGAAUGGAGGAGACAGUGCAUGCUAAAUGGCGGACACAAUUUGGAUCAGGUGAUGGAGAAGAGGCGGAAUCAGACUGUUCUGAUGAAGAUGAAGAUGGGUGUUUGGCUGUGCAAGAGGGAAUAGGACACAAAGCAUUUGACAGGUUGUUUGCUAUACCAGGUUAG